AUGAUCUCACUAGCUACACUCCUCUUUGGUGUUCUAACCGAAAUAAUCCAGAUCUUCCCAUUAACCCCUGGUCAGCAACUGCAAAUACGGUAUCCUGGGAGCCAAUGGAUCAAUCCCGGCAUGGAAUUAGACAUUCGAGACACCACCAUGAUCCCAGAGAUCAGCAGCAUGAAUCUCCGAUGCAACCAGAAAUACAUGAUUCUCGUCAUCGAUCUUGACGCCAUCUUACCAGGAACUGCUAUCCAAUCAGUCAUUUUACACUGGUACCAACCAAAUCUCACAAUGGAUUGCACAAAGCCAGCACCUCCUUCCAAACUCGUCCCCGCCAAAGACCACGAGGACCAUAACUCCACAGCCUCGUACAUAGCUCCUCGUGCACCACCAAAUACUCACCACCGUUACGUCUAUCUCCUCUUUGUACAGCCCCCAGCGUAUCAAUUUCCGGAGUGCUUCUCACAUGUGUUCCCUGAGACUGUUAGCGCCCGCGCCGGAUUCGAUAUCAGGGAGUUUGUAAAGGCCGCAGGGUUGGAGCCUCCUAUUGCGAUGAACUAUUUCAUUGGUAGACAUGAACCUAGUGAGGGCGAGACAACCACGAUUCCUCAGAGUGCGACGACGACCUCGUUCCGUUCCGUGGAUUGUCCCACGAGGACGGCCGACAUGGUGUCAUGA